GCGUUCCUGUACUCCCGAAACCAGUUAAAUAGGGACAAUUUAUCUACAUAAAUAUAUAUAUCAGCUUAUAUACGACUUAUAAAUGCGUUAUGAGUGUUGCCACGCUGUUUGACACAAUAAAAAAUAAAUAAAUAAAUACAAAUAAGUCACUGGAUAAAAAGGAGGGCAAGAACUUUUUAGACCAACCCGGAAGUACACAGCAGGGAAAAAUCUUGUCUUGAAUGAGCGCGUUCUGUCCGUCAAGCUAACUUCGUUUAGCUUCGUUAAGCUUCAUUUAAGAGUCGUUUUAAGUUAUUUUAAAUGUCAAAUAAACCGGUUAAACGUCCGGGGGUAGGGGUCGGGGUGCUGGUUACAGACUCGAACCACCCAGGUUGUGUUCUCGUGGGAAAACGAAAGAGUGUUGUGGGCAAAGGGAUGUACCAGCUCCCCGGUGGUCACCUGGAGUUUGGGGAGACGUGGGAGGACUGCGCUCACAGAGAGGUGCUGGAGGAAGCAGGGGUGCGUUUGGUGAACGUCCGCUUCGCCUCAGUGGUGAACUCCAUCAGACUGGAGGAGCAGUACCACUACGUCACCAUAUUCAUGCAGGGAGAACUGGACCGGGAGCAGUCGGGAGAGCCCGAGAACCUGGAACCCGAGAAGAACGAAGGCUGGACAUGGACACGCUGGGAUGAGUUUCCACCGGAGCAGCAGCUUUUCCUGCCGCUGGCCUGUCUGAGGCAACAAGGCUUCCAGCCGUUCAGAGACACAGAAACUCGACCCUGAAACCCCCUUUAAAUUGAGAACUCUUUACCUCCCUCCCCCCCACAGGACUCACUCGGUUAUUCAACAUUAGCAGCAAUAAGCAGAAAAGCAGUUGAUGGUGGUCAGGAAAAAAGGUCAGAGAGAUGGAGCGCGAGUGGAGGUGAGCUAGACGGACAGCUAGCAACCUGAGACUCAAAUCAACUACACCCUAUUUAAACAUUACUUACUGUAAACCCUUUUAUUUUAACUGUAACGUUGGGUAUUUUAACAUGCUGGUCCAUCGGGUUUUAAUCUUAUCCAGCCUCAAGUGGUCAUUUGAGCAACUGCAGUUUGAUGUAGCAGCCAGAGGUUGUUGCUUGAUGCUGAUAAUGAUCAGCAUCAAUGAUACGGAUGCUGAUUUAAUUGGAGAUAUCAUUGGAGAG